CCAGAAGACAUCGAUGGAGGAGAAGAAUCCAUCAGGAUACAACAUCAUGGAGAUGGUUCCAUUUCUUCAGAAACUGAAGACACUGAGAAGGAUGAAAAGGCCGAUGAUGUAAAGCACCCCGUCUCUGAGCUCAAACACUUGUUAGACUCUGGACUGAAAUCUAAGGACCUGGACAAUGACUGGAAGGACAGCAGAGCUCCAGAGUCAGAUGGAAACAUUAACAAACCUUUUAGCUCCCCUGAGUUUGCUGAACAAUUUGUUCACCGUGGCUUUCUUCAGAAAGACAUGAUAAAUUCAGAAAUAGGAACUUUAAGCUCGCUGGAUUUGAAGAAAUGUUUCACAGAGAAGAAAAAUGUGGAAUCGCCAAUGAAUGUCCAGACAGGAGUGAAGUUUAGCUGUGAAGACUGUGGUAAAACAUUUAUUGGAAAAUGGGCUUUAAACAGACACAUGAGAAUCCAUACUGGACAGAAACCUUUCUGUUGUGAUCUAUGUGGACAAAGAUUUAACCAAAAAAUAAAUUUAAAUAGACACAUGAGAAUCCACACUGGACAGAAACCUUUCUGUUGUGAUCAAUGUGGACAAAGAUUUAACCAAAAAGGCAAUUUAAACGCACACAUGAGAAUCCACACUGGACAGAAACCUUUAUGUUGUGAUCUAUGUGGACAAAGAUUUAACCAAAAAGGAAGUUUAAACACACACAUGAGAAUCCACACUGGACAGAAACCUUUCUGUUGUGAUCUAUGUGGACAAAGAUUUAACCAAAAAGGAAGUUUAAACACACACAUGAGAAUCCACACUGGACAGAAACCUUUCUGUUGUGAUCUAUGUGGACAAAGAUUUACUGAAAAAGGCAAUUUAAAUGCACACAUGAGAAUCCACACUGGACAGAAACCUUUCUGUUGUGAUCUAUGUGGACAAAGAUUUACUGAAAAAGGACAUUUAAACAAACACAUGAGAAUCCACACUGGACAGAAACCUUUCUGUUGUGAUCUAUGUGGACAAAGAUUUAACCAAAAAGGAAGUUUAAACACACACAUGAGAAUCCACACUGGACAGAAACCUUUCUGUUGUGAUCUAUGUGGACAGAGAUUUACUGAAAAAGGACAUUUAAACAAACACAUGAGAAUCCACACUGGACAGAAACCUUUCUGUUGUGAUCUAUGUGGACAAAGAUUUAACCAAAAAGGAAGUUUAGACACACACAUGAGAAUCCACACUGGACAGAAACCUUUCUGUUGUGAUCUAUGUGGACAAAGAUUUAACCAAAAAGGAAGUUUAAACACACACAUGAGAAUCCACACUGGACAGAAACCUUUCUGUUGUGAUCUAUGUGGACAAAGAUUUACUGAAAAAGGCAAUUUAAACACACACAUGAGAAUCCACACUGGACAGAAACCUUUCUGUUGUGAUCUAUGUGGACAAAGAUUUACUGAAAAAGGCAAUUUAAACACACACAUGAGAAUCCACACUGGACAGAAACCUUUCUGUUGUGAUCUAUGUGGACAAAGAUUUAACCAAAGAGGAAGUUUAAACACGCACAUGAGAAUCCACACUAGAGGGAAAAUGGUUAAGGUUUGAUUGCUCAAACAGAUUAAGGUCGCUGUAAAAUAUGUUAUGUGAAGUGCAGGGCCAGUGGCGGGAAUACCUCUAAUCUGAGGAAGCACCUAGUUAAGCACCAGAUUUUUGUCAAGGCUGAAGAGUCCACAAUUUUUGUCAGCCUCAGAUAUAUGGCUAGAACUCCUGCAUUCAGCACCGUUAACACGCCUGCUAAUGGAUACAAU